GCCUGCAAGUGACAGACUUCCGCUGUCUCGGAUGCACGGGAGCGCCGUGUUGAUUAUUUAUGUUGGAUGUUCACUGCGGCCGCAUUCUGAAUCAUAGCGCUAUUAUGUAAGAAGCUGAGUAAAACCCGCGAGCUGCUUUAUAUAGGUGUUCUGUGGCUGCUUCAUCAGAGUUUCAAUUUGCGUUCUCCUUUCGCUCAUCGGUGACCCGGACGCUGGGAGAUCUCGGCAGGGGAUCUGCCGAAGUCCAUGGUGGUGCUUUGCUGAGCUUGUUUGCUCUCCGGCUACUCUCGGUUAGGCGAACGGACGCGAUUCCGUAUGCGUGCUCCGUUUGACAGCUGAUGCUGGACAAAAGGGCGACCGUGCCUUCCGUGACGCGCGGCCGCCCCAAAGGUGUGGCCAACAGUGUGAUGGAGGCUGUCGUGCUGGUCGUCUACGGCGGAGUUGUGAGGGUCCUCGCAUUGAGGCUUAUCGCCAUAUUGGUGUGCAGCUCUUCUGAGAUGCCACUUUAGCGCGUCGCGCCGAUGGAAGAAACUAAGAUCAUCUAUCACAUCGACGACGAGGAGACCCCGUACCUCGUCAAGGUGCCCGUGCCGCCGGAGCGCGUGACGCUCGCGGACUUCAAGAAUGUCCUCAACAGGCCCAACUUCAAGUUCUUCUUCAAGUCGAUGGACGAUGAUUUCGGAGUGGUUAAAGAAGAAAUUGUAGAAGAUGACUGCCGGUUGCCGUGUUUCAAUGGCCGUGUGGUGUCAUGGCUUGUAUCAGCAGAUGGAAGCAGCGUUGUGUCUGAAGGAACCGAGACACACCGGCAACGCCCAUUUCCUGAAACAGCGGAGACCAGCUUUACAGAGUCUGAGUCUGCCAUUAGCUCCCACAAAGAGCACCACCACCACCAUCAACGGGGACCUGGCCGUCAUCGAGAUAAAGCCGGUCGUUCCAAUGGACAUGCAGUAGCUAAGCCAGGGGCUGCCUCGGUGCUAACUACCAGUGACAUAGAGACCACAAGCUUCCUAGACUCCGAGGAUGAGACUACCAGCCGGAUUUCGACCACCACUGAGGAGAGCAGCGUGUCGCGCAUUUAUGCGAGGCAUCGGCGUAGGCGGCGGAAGAAGAUGCCUCCCAUGAGUCGGACAUCUUCGAUCAGCAGCAUCACAGAUAGCACUCUGUCACUAAACAUCAUCACCGUCACAUUAAACUUAGAUACAGUCAACUUCCUUGGCAUUAGCAUAGUUGGCCAGUCGAACAAAGGUGGAGAUGGCGGCAUCUACGUGGGCUCCAUCAUGAAAGGGGGUGCUGUUGCUUUGGAUGGUCGCAUUGAGCCAGGUGACAUGAUCCUUCAAGUGAAUGAUAUCAACUUCGAGAACAUGAGCAACGAUGACGCUGUGCGAGUGCUCCGGGAGACUGUACAAAAGCCUGGUCCCAUCAAGUUGGUGGUAGCCAAGUGCUGGGACCCCAACCCCAAGGGCUACUUCACCAUCCCACGCACCGAGCCUGUACGCCCCAUCGACCCAGGAGCUUGGGUGGCACACACGGAGGCAGCACGCGGCUCUUCCUCUGCCGUGGGCCACUCACGGCUCUCACUGGCCCCUGGACCUUCACUCCGCCAACCGCUGCUCUAUGAUGGACCCUUGAGGCCUCCGUCUGUCUCCACCCUCACCUCCACUUCCUCAUCAGUCACUUCAUCCGUGCCUGAGUCAGAGAGGCAGCUACAGGAGCCACUACUGACUGUGGAGACUGACAUGGAGACUAUUGUAAAGGCUAUGGCAGCUCCCGAUUCAGGACUGGACGUCAGAGACCGCAUGUGGCUCAAGAUCACUAUACCGAAGGCCUUUAUAGGCGUGGAUGUGGUAGACUGGCUUACAACACAUGUGCAAGGCUUCCAAGACCGCAAGGAAGCCAAAAAGUAUGCCAACCAGCUACUCAAGGCAGGCCUCAUCCGGCACACCGUCAACAAACUUUCCUUCUCCGAGCAGUGCUACUAUGUGUUCAGCGACCUCUCCCUUGACAUGUGCUCACUGCGGCUGCAAGAAGAAGAUGAGGAAGGUGGAGCAGGGGGCAUGGUUCCCCCCUGGGGUUGCCUGGGUCCCCUGCUUCCAGCAGGGUACGUGUGCGGUAGCACGGCUGCACCAAGUGCUGCGGAGACACAGCUGGCCUCCUAUGUCAACUAUGCCCGUGAAGGGAGCACCCAUUCGGGAUCCGGGGGCAGUGGCGGACCACCCGCAGAGUCUAGCCGCAGCGUGGACGGUGCCGAGGGCUCUCAAGAACUGACCGGUAGUAGGCAGUCCUUCCGCAUGGCCAUGGGCAACCCCUGCGAGCUCUUUGUGGACGUCAUGUGAUACAUGCAUGAGCAUGCCACUAUGCAGGGGCCCUACACCAUUGAAGCAGAGUGGACAAGCUCCAUGAGGGUACAACACUACACUUGCGUCAGCUACAACACUUUGCACACAAUGCGCAUUGUCUCUUCAAGUUCUUCACUAAACACCUUGAUGCCCUGUAUUCUACACCCAGUGAAACACUUUACGCUGUAGUACUUGCCACACUGUAAUGCACAACACUUGAAUACUAUUUUGUAUUUUCUGUUAUAAUUACGAAAGCUGGCGGCCAAGGGCCCCUAUAGGAACAGUUAUAAGAGUGACCGGUAGGCCGGAGAACAUUCACAUCUGUCAGAGCUCAGUUACAUAUAAAUGAGUGCAGUUGGCACAGCCUUCGAAGUUCAGCCAUUUGCUAUCUUUUGGGCGUGCUGGCAACCAGUGCCAUCGCAUUUGAAAUGCCUUGAAACACUCACACCUCAUUCUGCAAAAUGAGCAUGUCAUGUCGUCCAAGAACUUGCUUUGUGUGAGGAGUCUAUGCAAUCCAACUACAAUAUAUUUGUGAACCAUUGCGGAACUCAUCCAGCCUUGUGCCACCUGUUCCCUGAACUUAUUUUUCUUGUGUCUACGCCCACACGUGUGCUUAGAUAGCAUGUAAUUUCCAUCUAGCUUUGUUCCGAAACCGGUGUGGGACCAGAGCUUUUCACUGAAUGUACACCAACAUGUUUCAUCCAACCACAGAGCUACAGAUGCUCUUAACGUAGCUAAAAAGUUGCUAGGAAUAUAUCUAGAAGGUUGCUGGGUUAGCCAAGCAACUGACUGGUCAUUCUACGGUAUUUGUCUGUUGGCUCACAGCAGCUUUUUCACACAACACAUAAAGCAAGGUUACUGAUCCUCGAGAGCCUUCAAGCAACUUAUUUUCCUUCUUUCUUUCCUUCUAAGUGUGCCUUACUAGCACUAGGGCAGAGAACCACCUUUGAAAUCACCUGUUUGAAGUAGAAGCCAUCACUGCAAUGUCACUGUAAAUGCAGAUGCUAAAAGCACCCAUAUUUGUUUCUAGGCCUUCCAGCAUGCUUUCAUAUGUGUGAAGGGUGUUGCAUGGUCAGUGUAUCAUGUAUGCUUGUCUCAGCCUAUUGUUUUCUUUAAUGGAAAAGGGACAAGCUGCUGUUAACACUCAAGGUCCAUUCGAUCCACCUGUACUGACUGGGCAACUUCGCAAGCUGCAGCACCCUGCUAUUCAUUUCAGUGGUGCAGCAAUGGCGCCCUCUGAGCCAUGCCAUUCAUUUCA